GCCCAGAAGGCGCAGAGCAUGAAGUAUGCGUGGGCAUAGCCGGCGCGGGUGCCCGCCGCGGGUCUGCGCGGGGCGGGGGCACAGCAAGUGCAUCCGAUCGAGCGGAGACCAGCGCACCGGCGUCGGCGGCGAGGGUGGUGCAGAGAAGCCCGGCUGGGCGGAGGGCGGAAGGAUGCGUGUGGGUAACUUUUUGACUGCCUUGGAAGUACCAGUAGUCGCGCUCGCAGGGGCUGCCUCCGGCCGCGGGGCGAGCUGCGAGCGAGUGCGCCCGCUGCCGCCCCUCCCCCACUUCCGCCUCCCGCCUCUUCCUCGUUCCCGGCUCCCAGGGCCCGUCGGUCCCCCGGGAGCCCUGGAGGCGCAGCCCCACCCCGGCCGGCGCGGCUCGCUCCCACGCCCCCGCCGCAGCCUCGCUGGAGCGGACGGACUGAGUCAGCGGGGGCGCCAGCGCUGCAGCCUCUUGCCCCCAAAUCUCUUCACCCCCUCUCCAGUACGUAUAGGUCGCGUAAACAACUCCCUUUCUCCACCUCUGGGCUCCGCGACCCCCCGGGGGCAGCUCCUUCAGUCUCGUGAGAUCGGAAUCGGCGUCAGCGCCUCGCUCCUCCGCCGCCAGCCCGCGGCCGCACGGUCUCCCCACACUUCCAUGGCCCUGCCUUGCCCACUCGGGGUUGGGUCCCUCUUCACCUCUGCGGCGCCCGUGGAGCUGGCCAGGGUCUGGGAUACGCUGGGUGCAGAUGAGGUGGGGAAGGCAGCCUGCAGAGGAUGA